ACCGUUUCAAGGACGAUAGGUCGCAUUUAGUGCAGUGAUAAUUCCUGUUGAUAGUGGUUGUAUGCGACAAUUGGCUUGCUAAAAAGCAGACUGAAGUUAAGAGACUCAACAUGGCUGUUGCUGAGCUGAUUACCGAAAACGCGGGCACAUUGUUGCUCUUUCUAGUCACUUUGGUGGUUAUUCUUCUGUAUCAGAACACACGGAGGCCGACUGGGUUCCCUCCAGGACCCCCUGCACUCCCUAUCAUCGGAAAUGUACUCACUUUUAGGUCGUCUGAACCGAUCUACCACAUCUUCGGGCGUCUAGCGGAGCAGUAUGGCCGCAUAUUUUCCUUGAAACUCGGCAGCUUCUGGGUGAUCGUUCUGAACGAUAUUGAAGACAUCCGUGAGGCUCUCAUCAAGCAACCAAUCGCCUUCGCAGGACGCCCCAAUCUCUACACAACACAAAUUUUGACAGAGGGAUUUAAUGACAUCGCGUUUACUGACUACGGUCCUGAUUGGCAAAUCCAUCGGAAAAUCGGCAACGCCGCACUCAGACAUUUUGCAAGUGGCGAUAAGCUUGACAAGCUCGUGCAUGGUGUUCUUCCCGGCGUAGCCAAGGUACUAGACCAGUCGGUGGGCAAAGCCUUGGAUCUUAAAAACGUCAUCGAUCGAUUCGUCUACAUCGUGCUGGCCAACAUGUGCUAUGGAAAGAGUUACGAUUUCGACGACCCCCUCCUGACCGAAUGGUUUGCACUCAACAAGGAAGGGCAGCAAGUCCUUGGGGGCGGGCUUCCCCGCGACUUCAUCCACAGUCUCAAGUGCCUGCCUCUGACGUCACGGGAGAAACAAUGGAAGGAGUUGGUCGACAAGAGCUUGGAAUUCGUCUACAAAGAGUUCAAAGGCCAUCGCGACACUUUCGAUCCAAACAACAUUCGAGAUUUGUUUGAUUCUCUGAUCGCCGCCCAGAAAGAGGAUGCAGAGGAGACGGGAUCCAAGGCCGAGUUUCUGACGGACGUGAGGGUCAUUCAAACGGUGAACGAUAUGUUUGGAGCUGGUACUGGUACGACUAUUCCCACGCUCUACUGGGCCAUUGCAAUCAUGAUUGAACAUCCUGAAAUCCUGGAGCGUGUUACCAAGGAGAUAGACGAGGUCAUAGGUCAAGACCGCCUGCCGAGUCUUUCAGACCGAGGCUCUAUGCCCUAUACCGAGGCUACUUUGAUGGAGGUCAACCGUUACGGAUCGGUGUCGAUCAUCGGGUUGCCCAAAUCGGUCACCAAAGACACAACCUUUCGUGGUUUCACGAUCCCUAAGGAUACAAUGGUUUUGCUCAACAUAAAGGCAGUGCAUUUUGACCAGCGUCAUUGGGACGAACCGCACCAGUUCAAACCAGAGCGUUUUUUGGACGAGAGCGGGACUCUAAUGAUCAAGCCCCCGGCCAGCUUCGUGCCCUUCAGCAUCGGCCGUCGCUCCUGUAUCGGAGAGAACUUCGCCAAGGGUGAGAUCUUCCUCUUGUUCUGCUGGCUCUUCGGCCGCUACUCCUUCGCCAAGGUGCCCGGCAGGGAGAGCGAGUCGCUCCUGCAACUGAACAUGGAUCUGGGGUCGUUUGCCAACGAGCCCAAACCGUUCGAAGUUAUCGUCUCAAAGAAGUGAGAGAAAACACUUCCAAAAUCAUAUUUGGCGAAACAAUUACAUUUUGUCAGUGUCCACCUAUUGGUUGAGUUUCUGACUUGAUUUACAGCUAAGUGAAAAAGCUGAGCUCCAAGUAGUUUAGGAUAGUAACGGUGUAAUUGAAAGUAUUUCUUCAUUGAACGCGAUCUGUUCUGAUUCGCGACUACGAAUUUAUUGUUCUCUCUUUCGAUUUCAAUUCAAUAGACAUUUAAUUCCAUACAGUGCAGAGAAAAUGGACACAGAAUAAUUAAACAAAUGUAUGGAGGCCAAUUCAAAGAAAGCAAAAGCUCGUCACGGAAGGCCUUCAUAUAUUAUAUAAAAACACUGCAUUCAGAAGAAUUAAAUAAGAACAUUAAGCAGUAUAUUGAAGCGAAAAGUAGUCAAUAGUUUGUACAGUCCUAGCGAAGGGUGUUAAUCGAGAAAGAUGUACAGUUUUUUUAAGAUCUAGUGCAGUGGUGGUGAGUGCCGCUAACGGACGUGAAACAAUAGGAAAAUGUGAGAGGAAGUAUAUUAUUAGUAUGUUUAUACAUAAAUACUCCAGUUUGAAGAUUAUUAUUAAUGUCACAUAGAGAAAGAGUGUUUAAUUUAGCAAAGAGAGGUGCGGUGUGAUCACGAGGUUGAGAGAGACUGCAAAUUCUGAUAGCUCGUUUCUGGAUGACGUAAACCAUAGACUUGAGCCAUCCCUUAGUCACCACUUAUCUUUUUGGUGUAAAUUAAUCUGUUUGGUUGAAAUCGUGAAUUUUACAUUGCCUUAUGCUACUUCUCUUUGCCGAUUUAAUAAGAACGAAAGCCCGGCCUUAUGACGAAUUUUACAAAGUUUACAUGAUCAUUGUACAUUUGUUAAAUGAAAUUUGUAUAUAUUUAUAAUUCAUUCUGCAGUCAGUCAGAGCAGUCAAGUAAUUCUCCCUCCUUUAUCUCUUCAUUUUUCCAGAAUAAACUCACAUCUUUAAGAGUUUAA